AUGGCGUCCCUUGACCCCAGCGCGGCGCUGAAGAGCGAACGGGGAGUGAUGGAGCGUCCCCUCAGCGCUCGGCGGCGGGUGCCGGGUCCCGGCGGGCCCGGCGGGCGGAGCUCCCGCGGGCACAGCCGGCCCCGGUGCCUCGGCUGCCGGUCGGCCCUGCGGCUCCGCCCCGGGCGGCGGGGCCCGGCGGGAGACGGGGCGAGGCGGGACGGGCACGGCGGGCUCGGUGCAGCCGGGACGGGACCCGCGCCUUGCGAUGGGAUGAGAGAAGUGUCCUGCACUGCAAAUGGCCUCUUGUUCAACAUUUAUUGCUUGCUAGUCUGGAGUCAGCUUUGGUGGCUGAGGAAGGUUGGUGACUCUAAGAUGUUUGAGAGAAUCAAGCGAUCUGAUGAAGCUUCUGCUUCUUCAGCACAAGGAAUCCAAAGACAUGGUGUUGAGGGCUCUCCACGACAAGACAGCAGUAGCAGUUUACACAGAAGAGGGCAAGAACAUCCUCAGCCUGGAGCAUCUGCUGCGCAAAAUAGACAAGGAUACUGCAACUGUUGCCAUGUACACUACAGUAAUCUGGAACAGCAUAUUUUCAGCUCCCAGCACAGACAUUUUACAACAUACUGUAGGAAUCGUAUGGGUACCAGUAGCUUGAUGGAGCGUUUCCUUCAAGAUGUUUUACAGCAUCAUCCCCACAGAUACCAUGACAGCAGACCAACCUAUGAUGACAUGCCACUCCCCAUCACUUUGGAGGCUCCUAGAAUUUCUCGCCUGUCCUCGGAAGAGAUGCAGAAAAAGAGGAGCGGUGAGAAACAGGAGAUUUCCAGCAAAGACCAGGCGUCCAUUCAUGAAAUAGGCUCUUCUGAUCCAUGCCUGUCUCGUGAGAGCACAAAGAAAAUUUCUGUUACACAAGGAGGUUUUCAAAAACUUCAAAGAGGCCAGGAACAUGUUCCAGGAAUAUCCCAGCAGUCUACUGGCAUUUGUAGUGAUAAGAAGUGGGUAACUCUGAAAAAUGCUCGAAUUGCAAAUCAUAACCAUGAAGGUCAGUUUACAGCUGUGAGCGCUGUACCUCAGCAGUUUUCUCUCAGUCCUACAAGCCACAGUUCCUCUGUUAAUCCUAAAACAGGAAAAAAUGUUAGGGAUUUGGCAGCAUCAAAUCUGUUUCCGCGUAGCAGAUGUGAUGAAAGAGCAAUGGAGGGCUGCAAUAGUGAUGUGUUACUGAACCCACGCUUGAAUCCUGCUCCAGCACUGGGUCACUCAAAACGCCCUUCAGUUUCUCAUCAGAAUCCUACACACAGCCACAGCAAUUCUUCCUUUAUUACCUCAGGUCAAUCUCUCUCAAAGCGAGAUAGUUUACGAACUCAGGAUGAAACUUUGGUGUCUGAUCUCCGUCUCAGGGAUACUGUGGGUAUCAGCAGCUCCCUAGAUCUUGGGACAUCCCCACAACUAGCAAGAUGCAAAAACGCAAAGACAGUCAGAGGCGAUGAAAGUUCAGUGGAUGAAACUAUUGAAGAUGUAAUUUUGAAAUACUGCCAUGAAACGACAUCUGAAGAAAUUGAUUUCAAAGAAGAGAAUAAUCCCAGUGUACCUUUUUCGUCACUUCUGGACCAUACUAAUGUAGAGGGCUCUGAAAUGAGUUUUGACUGUGAUGCACCGAUACAGGUAGGAACAGAUUUACCCAAGGCAGCUAUAAAAGAUAUAGAAUUCCUGAAAGAGGUCCAAGUAUGUUUGCAGGAUAAAGACUAUGGAACACAGCUCUCUGCUGCUUUAAAAACUGAGUUGUUAGAGAAAACAGAAGCAGUGAAAAAGGAUGUCGUAGUUCAUACCGAAGAACCAGUUCUUCCAGCCCUGCCUCACGUGCCUCCUUCUUUUGUGGGAAAAACUUGGUCUCAAAUAAUGUAUGAAGAUGAUAUAAAAAUUGAAGAACUUGUGCGUGAUUUCAGGGAAGGUCGUUUUCGCUGCUACUUUAACAGUGAAUCCUCAGCCAAAUGUACAGGGAAGAGAAUGAAGAAAAAAAAGCAGAAGGAUGAAAAAAGGAUCGAUAUUAUUGAGGGUAAUAGAACAGAAAGUGCACCAGUUAAAGCGUUGCCAGAAUUUAAUGAUGCUUUAAGUGGUGGCUCUGAUUUUGAUAACCCAUCUUUAGCCUCAGAUAUACUAUGCAACCCACAAAUUGUAAAAAUGCCUAGGAAAAGGACAUGGCGCCUGGCUUCAAGAUGUCAGGUGGUAAAAGUGAGCCAUGGCACCCAAACAAGUCUGCUGAACUACCCUGUAGCAAAAAGGAAAAUGUCUAGAAGAGAAUCUGAUCCGGCUGAUCAGAAAGCAAGCAUUGCGUGGCUGGAAAAUGAAAAAACUCCAAACAUGAAAACUAGACUAUGUGCCCUUAAACUUCCAGAGUCCUAUAGCAAGAUCAUGAGUCCUAUACAGCCCAAGACAGUGGUGUAUGUGCUCUCAUGCCCAGAGGUAAAACAGUGCAAAGGUAAACCUAUAGAUAUUCCCAAAAUGAGGAAAAAUCAUCACUCCACAGAUAGCAAGGACUCUGUAAAAUAUAAAUACAAACAGUGUUCUCUCAAGUAUUAUGACCCACUGACAAAUCGAAUUCUGAAAACUCCUCCAAAGAGUACAGUUGGAGAGAAGGCCAAAAAGCCCUCUCAUGUCCGACAGCUUUUCAGAAGUCUCAGCUUUGAUGCAAACAUGAAGAAACUAGCUGAUACACAGAGAGAAAGCACUCCAUCAAAGUCACUCAAUUGGUCAGACUUUUGUAGUUCUUCAGCAUCUUUCCUGCCAGAUCAAGAUAAAGGGAAUGAUGCAGCCUCAAGUCAAAAGGCAGAUGGACCUUCUGUUUCCACAGAAAGAACAGAUUGUCUUGCGUCUGAGAACUCUUUUAAACACCUAAUCAUAUCACCUUUGAAUUCCGUGAUAGAAGGUGAUUAUAGAUUGAUUCCAUUUAAUAGAAUUACCAAAACUCCUCUGACCUCCAUCAGGAGCGAGUGGUUAGAGAGGGAGACUCCAAAAGCACUAUGGAAGAGAAAAGAAGGCACUAAUAAAGAACCAGUUUUUUCCAGAAAGGCUGCAGGGUCUAAGUCUGUCAGAUGUACUAUUGGGAGGAGAGGAAACAGAGUAACCACAAGCAAACAAACGUCCAGAGCUAAAAAGCAGCGGAAAGAGGGGAUGAGAAGACAACUUCAGCCUUGUGCCCAUAAAUCUGCUUUCUCCAUCCAUAGGUGCCAGACAAGGAAAACUACAGUGGGGAAGCACCCUAAGAAAGAAAAGCCUGAUGCUAAAAAAUUAAAGGUGAGGAGGAAACCAAAAAGGGCUUUUCUGAACUCAACAGUUGUAACAGGGAUUCCUGAAAAAAGGCGGAAAGUCGCAUCAGAAUCUUUUCCCAAGAAACCAGAGCAAGCUUCCUCCAAAGUCAGGAACUGGGAAGUAAGUGGAGAUCGGGGUCAUCCUGGCACUGUGAACCGGCCCUCUAGAAGGACUUCUGCUGUACCAUUACUUCGAAACUGUCUUGUUCUACCAGGUGAGAGCUAGCUACCAAAAGAACUUUUUUUUUCUUUUUUUU